AUGAGACUCGCGGCGUACGACGUCGUACAGAUCGAUGUAUGCGUCCAUCCCAGUCGCCCCAGUCGCACAUGGAAGCUGAGACGCUACUACCAGCCUCUACACCCCUUGCCGCUCAAGGUCACGAUCGCAGCCAAGCCUGAGGACAAGAAGCUCGCCUACGCCCUCCGGCUCCACGUCUUCUGCGACGAAGAAGGCCACACCCACAGUAUCCAGGUCGAUGCGCACGACGACGAAGAUAGCACGAUCCACUUCAUCGGAGUCGACACGGACGACCAGGACAAGGUCGUCGCCGUCGCGCGCUGCAUGGUGGACGACAACAAGCGCCAGGCUCGCAUCGGCCGAGUGGCGUUGCUGCCGGAAUGUAGCGGGAAAGGCUACGGCAAGGUGCUGAUGGACGUUGUGGAGAAGGCCGUCGAAGCGCGAGUGGACUCGUUCGUUCUGUUGGAGCAGCUCAGCAAGCAGGGGUUCUACGAGAAGUGCGGCUACCACCGCGUGGACGACGAGGUGUUCCUGGACGAGCACAUCAAGGUGUGCUGGAUGAGGAAGGAGCUGGCUUGA